UGGAAUUUCGACGCACUUUUUCGACGUUUUAUUUACACAAGAAUUGUUUGUUAUAAAAGCAGAUUUGUGGUAAUUGUGAUAUCCUUACAACCGUUUAGAAGUUAUAUAUUGAAAUAUACUAUGGUUACAUUUUGACAUUUUGCCCUGGAAAACUUAGCAGAAAUCGAAAAGCGCAUCUGUGAGCGUCAUGAGCAAGUUUGAUAUUGUCCCGUUGGGGAAGAAAAGUCCCACUGAUAAACGUAUCGUUUUGAACAAUUGCCAAAGUGGAAUCGGGAUUAAAAUUGCAGGUGGAAAGACGAGUAGUGGGCCUAGUUAUGGAAUAUUCGUGAAGAGAAUAAUAGCCGGUGGUACUGCGGAGAAAAAUGGUCUGCUAAAAGAGGGUGACAAAAUUACUCAGGUGAACAAUGAGAUCUUCCAUGAGGUUAGCAAUGAAAAAGCCAUGAAUGUUCUGUUAAAUGCUGCUAAAGCGGGGACUGUAACAUUGACGGUGGAUAGAAGUGUUAAAGCUGCACAAGAGUAUGACCAGUUACAUGGAGUUUUGAAUAAUGGUUCCCCAAAUUAUUCCAGUUUAUCCCGAAGCGGAAGUUUAGAACGGUCUGGUGUAGUCUCACCAACAUCUAUGGAGAAGAGGUCAUGGGUUUUAACCAAUGGUAGAAUGUCACCAAUGUCGUCUAGGAAUAUAUCACCCAGAAAUCUAGAGUUUGACAAAAGUGAUGGAAACACAAAUGAGGUUUUGCUAAAUGGUGAACGACCUGCAUCUCUCGCUGAAUCAAAUGUCGACUCAGGAUUGCAGUCUUCAUCGUCCACUUUAAAGAGCUUAACCAAUGUCAUGGUGGUUCACGUUCCUCUGACAAAUGGACUGGGCAUGAGUAUCACAGGAGGUACCAACCACUCAGAUGGUCCGAUUGUCACCGUGAAAGAACUGGUGAAUGGUGGUGACGUUUUUCAUGAUGGUCAAAUUCAAUCUGGUGACCAAAUUAUUAGCAUCAAUGGUGAGUCAUUUGUUGAUGUUACUCAUGAGGAAGCAAAGAUGAAACUGACUCAGGUAAAACUUCAUGCCCAGAAUGAAUUCGAGAUUACAUAUGUGCCUGAAGGUCAACCUCGUACCAUGGUUGGUGGAGAAGCAAAUUUUGGUGAGGGUACAGGUAACCAGGUUAACCAUAGUGGUGGGAAGCCAGACAGACAAGUUGGGCAGGAUCAAAAUAGUUUUGAUGAAAAUCAUAAUCUUGGUGAAACAAGCCAUUUCUCAUCCAUCAUGGGAUCAUCAAUUCAACCAUCAUCUAUACCUUUCUACCUUCAACAAGAUUUAGCGGCUCCUCAUGAAACACCCAUCUCAAAAUAUACCAUGUCCAAAAUAGGUAGGAAGCCGCCAAAACGUCGACUCUCUUUAGCACCCACAUCAAAACUGCGCAUUGAAAAGCUUGAGGUAGCUCUGGAGUACUUGGGGAUUCAUUUAGCUCCAGAACAACAAAGAGAAAUCAGAGGACAGCUCCACAUUGACUUAGGUGGACAUGUGUCAUAUGGUGACUUCGUCGAUGUUGUUCAAGAUGUUUUAAGUGAGGACCUUAAAGAUCACAGCGGGAUACUAAAUCGAGGAAAGCUGCAUUUUGCUUUAACUGAUUUACAAAGAAGUGAAACUUCUUUUUUUCAGACCUCCUCAAAUGCAGAACAAGUGCCUGAUCCAAAUGCACAUAUUGAAGAGUUAAGAAGACAGCGUGAUGAUGCUUUGACAGAGGUUCGGUUUUUGAAAGAAGAGUUGGAUGAAAAGCAAUGCUUGAAGUUGUCUGAAGCAGAACGUAUUGAGAGCAUAAAAAGAACUGCAGAGGAAGCAUUAGUGGAAAGUGUGGCACUCAAGGACCAGGUCUUCCUUGCCAGGCAAGCAACAGAAGCUGCUAGCAGAAGAGAUAGUGACUAUGAACAAGUUAUCAAGUUGUUGGAAGAUGAGCUCCACGUCUUCAAGACACAAGGCAUUCCCAAACAACAAGAAUUUGAGGAUAUGCAAAAGAAAGUUGUUGUUUUAGGAUGUCAGUUGAGGAAAAAUGAAGUGAUGAAACGAACAUAUGAAGUCGCAACUCAAAAACUACUUGCCCUCGCAGACCGAGUUCAUAAUUGCCUUAAACAUGGAGAGACCUCCCCAGCGAGUUCUCCUGCCUCCCCACCACAAGCCUCUCGUUAUCCAUCACAUCCAUUGCAAGGAGAAAAGUUGCAAAAGCUUGCGGAUGAAGUACUUGAUGUGGCUCGAGGUGUGAGAGUUUUAUUGGAGGAAGAGCCUUUGCCAUUUGGUUGGGAAGAAGCAUACACAAAUGAAGGAGAACGUUAUUACAUAAACCAUAUGAGCCAAGUAACAUCCUGGUUACACCCAGUAACACACACAACAAAAGUGCAAGAUUAAAAUAUGUAAAUAUCAUUUUCUUAGGAGAAACAUCAACCCCCCAUAGAUCUCACUUUCCCAUAAAGGGAUUGGCAGUUCAUCAGCAAGCAUAAUUAAAUCUCCAUGUUUAGUCUAAGAGCUAACAUAUUUUAAUUUAUACUAUAUUUAUUUUAAUAAUUUUAUAGCCAAAAAGAAUUGAUAAUCAUUUUAUACUUUAGGUACAUUGAUUUAAUAGUAGUUUUAGUAAUGGAUUAGGAACCUUUGGAAUUAUUCAGAAUAACAUAUUGAUAAGUUUAGUACCUUUAUAUCAAUAGGCUGUACAUAUUUAAUAGCCAUGAAUUUCUUCUAUGUUUUGUACAAAAUGAAAUGCAGUAUAAUUAUGAACACUUGUUUUACUUAGUUAUGAUUUUUGGCACUUCACUCGAAGCAGGUAAAUUCUA